AUGGUUGAUAGCAGUAACAAGAAGAGGAAAGAGGUCAUCAGUGAAGACGACAUCGCCACUCUUUUGCAAAGAUAUGACACCAUGACGAUACUGAAGUUGCUACAAGAAAUGGCCUAUUACGCUGAACCUAAGAUGGACUGGAAUGAGAUGGUGAAGAAGACUAGUACUGGAAUCACCAAUGCUAGAGAUUAUCAGUUGCUAUGGCGGCAUAUUGCUUAUCGAGAUUCUCUCCUCCCCAUGGACAAUAAUGCUCUACCUUUGGAUGAUGAUAGUGACAUGGAGUGUGAAUUAGAAGCUUCCCCUGAAGUCAGUGUUGAUGCAUUAGCUGAAGCUGUUGCGCAUGUGAAAGUGAUUGCUUCUUCCUAUGUGCCAAGUGAUUCCGACAUUCCUGAAGACUCAACUUUGGAGGCUCCCUUGACUAUUAAUAUACCCUAUGGGCACAGGGGGCCUCAGGAACCAUCUGAGUCGUAUUGGUCGUCAAGAGGGAUGAAUAUCACCUUUCCUAUUUCCCUUCAGAAAGCAGCUGAGGGACAUAAUGGAAAUGGGUUACCCAGUAGCGUGGCUCGUAAGAAAAGGAAAAAAUGGUCAGCUGAGGAGGAUGACGAGCUGUUCGCUGCUGUGAAACGACAUGGUGAAGGCAGCUGGGUCACUAUUGCUAAGGAAGAAUUUGAAGGAGAGAGAACAGUCUCACAACUCUCGCAGCUGGUAGGCGUUUGUAGCAACUGUAACAGAUUGAGACUAUCAGCAGAACUGUUGUCAUUGCUCCAAAAUUAUCCGUUGACAUCUAGCGGUGGGGAUUUUUAA